CCUUCCGUCUCGCGUCGGCCUCUUAACGGCCGCUCGGCCUCACGCCAGCGCCCGGCUAUACUACCUUUCGCCCGCCCGUCUCCGCCUCCAUGCAGCACCGCUCGCCGGCGGCGGCCACGGCCUCCGGAGCUGCCUCCACUGCGGCCGCCAUGGAGCCAGGCGUCGGCGGCGUCGAGCCUGCGGUGACGCUCGACCAGGUGCCGCGCUGGAGCGACCCCGACCAGCGCCUGUACACGCCGUCCUCCUCGUCCGCUACCGCCGAAGCCGCGGACGGCGGAUCCGAGCCCGCAGCGUCCACCUUCCUCUCCUUCUCCGACCCGCUCACCGGCGACGACGGCGGCGCCGCCGGUGGUGGCUGCGCGAGCGCCUCGCGCUUCCCCGUGGACCACGAGAUCAACUCCAGGAUCUACCUCUGGCGGGGACACCCCUGGAACAUGGAGGUCGACGCCGUCGUCAACUCCACCAACGAGAGCUUGGACGAGGCGCACAGUAGUCCCGGGCUGCACGCUGCAGCGGGUUCUGGGCUCGCGGAGGAAUGCGCCACCUUGCAGGGAGGGUGCCGAACUGGGAUGGCAAAGAUGACCAAUGCAUACGAUCUUCCUGCGAGGAAGGUCAUCCAUACAGUGGGACCCAAAUAUGCUGUCAAAUAUCACACAGCUGCGGAAAAUGCACUUAGUCAUUGCUACCGGUCAUGUUUGGAACUACUCAUUGAGAACGGCCUUGAAAGCAUCGCAAUGGGUUGCAUAUACACGGAAGCUAAAAACUAUCCUCGUGAACCAGCUGCCCAUGUGGCAAUACGGACUGUUAGACGUUUUCUGGAGAAACAGAAAGGCAAGAUAGCUGGUCUUAUUUUUUGUAUUACAUCAUCAUCUGAUACAGAGAUAUACAAAAGAUUGCUUCCGCUAUAUUUCCCUCGGGACAAGCAAGAGGAAGAGACUGCGGUAUCAAAACUUCCAGCUGAUGUCGGGGAUGAGAAUGGUGAAACUGUAAUAGAUGAAAGGAAAAUAAGAAUAAGACCAUUGCCUGCUGGUGCAGCAGAUAGAACAGUGGCUACAGCUCCUCUUGAUCUUCCUCUUGAGUCUGGAUUGGCAUCAAGCAGGAGUACAUUCAAACUGGAUUCAUAUUUGGACCCUUCAUUUAUGUCAUUAAUUAAAGACCCGGAUCUGCGGCGCAAGGAGCAGUGGGAAAAAUCUUCUCAAGCUCAAAAGGGAUUUAAUUAUGCUAGGUUGCUUGGAUAUGGUGAUAUAGGUUUCCCUCCAUUGUCUGCUGCUGAGGAAUAUUCACUUCAUUCACGAUACCUUGCGAAAGCAAAUUCCCUUAAUCUUUCAGAGAUUGCUGAGAUGAAAAUAAUUUAUCGUGGCGGAGUUGAUAGUGAAGGGCGCCCAGUUAUGGUUGUUGUUGGUGCGCACUUUCUUCUCCGCUGCCUGGAUCUUGAACGGUUUGUUCUACAUGUAGUGAAGGAGUUUGAACCUUUGAUUCAGAAGCCAUAUACUAUUGUCUAUCUCCACUCGGCAGCAUCAUUACAACCGCAACCAGAUUUAGGAUUCAUGAAACGGAUACAACAACUAUUAGGUCGGAAACACCAGCGAAACCUUCAUGGGAUUUAUAUACUCCACCCAACCUUGGGGUUGAGAACAGCUAUUCUGGGGAUGCAGCUUUUGAUUGAUGGAGAGGUAUGGAAGAAAGUUGUGUAUGUUGACAGGCUGGUGCAAUUGUUCAGAUAUGUACCACGCGAACAAUUAACUAUCCCAGAUUUUGUAUUUCAGCAUGAUUUGGAGGUGAAUGGUGGUAGGGGCAUGAUUGUGGACCCAAGAACAAAACAUAUCUAUCAGAGACCAUCUGGCUGAUUCAUGUCAUUUAUGCAGUCCAAAGCUCAUACUUGUUGCUUGUGCAAGUCUUUGUAUAAUUACUCCUUUGUUGAUAUUUCUCGUUUUCCUUUGUAUCUAAUUUAGGUGUUCUAUUCCUUUCAUUCGUUCCUCAGCCUUCAGGGAAGGGGAUUAUUGUUUGUAUAUGUUAAUUUCUACAGCUGAAUAAAAGUGGCGUCUCAGUGCUCGUCAGUUUAAGUUCCACCA